AUGAGUGUCUAAAGAAGACCUUUCGACUAGUCUUCAAUAUAUCAAGGUGGCAAGCAUUCAGUUAUUCUGAACGAUGAUACACCUAAAAUUGCUCUUUCAAAGCCUCUCAAUAAAAGAAAGGAUUCUUUUAAUAACUAUUAAAAACUGAUCAUUGACAAUUAGUCAAAUAACUUCAAUCCCUCAGAUAUAUUAAGCGUAAAUAGGCCUGCCACAAAUACAGUAUUGAGUGCUGAGAGGACAGCAUUCUAUGAGUUUUCAGGUAUGAAUAUAACCCAGGAUAGAGGAGGACCUGGUAGUCUUGGUCUCAGUUACGAUAAUUAGGAUACUAAUCUUACGAAUGACUAAAAGAGGGGAAGUAAUAUCAAUCACUAUGAUAUUAGCUCAGUCAAUAAUUAGAGUGUAAACUAAGGUUCUUCUUUUCAUGUACCUUAAGUAAGACUACCAUUUAUCAAAUCAAUAAAAGAGGAUCAACAUUCUAGCCUUAAAAAUCCUGAAAGGUAAACGAGGAAUACAAAUGAUGCAGCCAUUGCAGAUGAGCUUGAAAGAAAAGCCCAAAAAAUUGUAUUACUUACAGAUAAUAACUUCCAAAAGCUAAAAAUGAAAAAGAAAAACGGAAUGACCUAAAGAUAAAAAGUUCAAACAUCUAUUCUUGAUAAAAAUAAUGACACCGAAGCACUUCAAAGAAAUGAGAAAUAUAUAACAAAUCUUCAUAGUAACUUAACGGUGAAUGGUUAAAAACAAGAGCUGAUUCUACCAAAUUAAAAUCCUAAUUUAAAUCAAAGUCCUGAUAUUCCCCUUUAAAGUAUCCUUAAAAAGAAAUACAUCAGAGGAAUCACCAAAAGCUAAGAACCUGGGGUAUCUGAUUCUUAAAAUUCCACCUCAAGAGAAAAUUACAACCUAUCUUUACAGUAAAUAUAGAACAUUAUUUAGCCAUAGGUGGUAAGCAAGUAUAAUCACCAGUUCUCGAAUUUAAGAACUGCAGUUAGGGCUUCAAACUCAAUGGCAAUUACAGAUGAACAAAUUAAUAUCAAUCAUUAGUUCAACAUAAAGUUAGAGUAAAGGGAUGCCCUCAGGAACAAAUUUCUGAAUAUGCAUGAUAAAUAUCCUUAUUAAUCUGUUCACGACCAUUUAGAUUAAGCAGAAAGAAGAGUUGCUACUCCAAAAAAUAUGAGGGAAAGUUCUGUAUAGAACACUCAUCGAUAAACACCUCAAGAAAAUGCAAGAUAAACUAAUGCAAGUAACUAUGGAACAGAGAAAAUCCCAAUAAGUGGGAUUGGGUUCUAAUCUCCAAGUUUAGAGUACAAAAAAAAGAAAAAAGAUUAUUAUCAUCAAUCUAGCGUGACACAUGGUAAAAAUAAUUUAAAUCAGCCAUCAUAGCUGAAUUCAUAGUAUAUUUCAUUCUAAAAGUAAAACUCAUUGGUAAACUCAGGGAAUAAUACUCAAACUCAUCUUGAUUAUGCCUAAUAAAAAUUAGCUUCUAACAUGAAUUCUUUGAUUAUGAAGCAUCAUAUGAAUAGGGGAGGCAAUCCUCAUCUCAGUUUCGCCCAAGUUCUUAAAAAUAUGAAUAAUAAAAUAAACUACAAUCAAGUCCCAGUAACUAACAUAGAAAACUCUGACUCUAAAAAUGACAAUAAACAAGGAUAAGAAAGAUAGUUUCAAAUAUUGAUAAAAUCAUCAUCUUAAGACAUAGAGUCAAUAAAUUUUGCCACAGCACAUGGUAGCCAAAAGGUACUGGGAAUGCAACAAAACAAUCCUUUUGAUAGCAAUCAGUCUGUAAAAAAUGAAAAUCAAAAUCUUAAAAAGAACUUUAAUAAUGAGAUAAACACAAGAUACACUUAUAAUCACAUAGAAAAGAAAAAAGUACUUAAUGCUGAUGAGCUCUAUGAAAUGGCUAAGGCUAUAAAAUAGUAAAAUAAGCUUAAGUAAUAAUAAUAGGCUGAACUAUAGUCAACUUCAGUUAAUAGAAGUCAGGACAAUAUUACUUAAAACCAAACCAUCCUCAAUCUCAUGAAAAGCUCAAACUAGAAUCAGGAUUUCAGCAAAAAUAAUCCAAAAUUCCUAGGGGCAUUGAAUAUAUAGAAAAUACAGCAAAACUCAUAAAAGAAUAAUGGAGAUGGAUAUCAAAUGAAAAUAAAAGAUAUGUAAUUAGUUGGUAAAUACUCCAAAAAGAGUCAGAAUUUACUAUAAUAAUAUGAGGAGUAUGUCUAAACAAGCCUAGCUAAUCACUAUUAAGGGUCUAGAAAUCAAUACGUUAAUCUAAACAAUAGCAAGAGAAGUGCCAGGGAAAAUAUAAAAACUGGUGGGACUAUAUAAAAAAUCAAUUAAUCUGUUGACUUCUCUGUCACUGCAGGAGUUACAGCUCAAUAAAGUUUUUCUGCCUAGCAUCUUAUAUAAAUAUAAGAGAUUCAACCUUUAACUAGAACAACUACUGAAGAAAAUGGGAAGAAAGAGAAUCAUCAAAGAAAUCAUCAUCAGUAAAGUUAAUAAAAUACCUAAUGUGAAAAAAAUAAUAGAAAAAGAACUACAAUCGAUGAGGAAUAGUUUAGCAAAGAAGAUAUCUAUGAGGGAACAGAUGAGGAACAAAAAGAGGUUACUAAGCAACAAUAAAAUGCCUAGAGAUCUCAGUAAUUUCAUAUAGUAAAAAGUUAACAGCAACAAUAGAAAGCUAAAUAAAAGCAGUAAAUUAUCUAGGAAAUUGACAGACUUCUAUAUGGAUACCUCUGGGAUAAAGAAGCUAAAAUACCAAAUAAUAAAAAGAAGUUGGAAAUAGAUUUUCAUGAUAUGACCAAUGGGGAUUUCCAGAAUCAUCCUAUUAAUAAAGCUAUUAGGUAGAUGAGUCUAAUGUCUAAUUUGAUGUUUAAAACCAAGGAAUAUGGGUAACUUUAAUCAGAAAUAUUCAAUCGAUGCCAGAGAUUUUUUGGAAUAGUAGUCCCAAAGCAAUAUAGAAAUGACCUGAUAGCUAUGAUGAAGAAUAAGGAAUUUCUUACUCAUGUUAAGGAAAGAAUGCAUGUUGUAUUGUUUAACUGUAUCAAUAAGGUCAAUGGGAUAUAGGACUAAUAAUAGGUAUCUUAACCUAAAUAUGUAAUUGGAAAUGGUAAUAAUAGUCUGCUUGUGAAGAGUGUAUUCAAAUCAAGACAAUGGUGGGUUCAGAAUGAGAAAGAGGAAUUCAAUGAGAGUCAUUUUAUAUGGACUUAAUGGCUUAAGGAAAGACAUAUCUAGUCCUUACCGACUACCUCUAAGAAAAUGGAAGCAUCAAAUUAGCAGGAUCCGCAAGAAGAAAACUUAUUUGCAACCAAAAUCUACAAUAAGAUGCAAAGUAAUCAUAAUCUUAGUGACAAAAAGCACUUGUUCUAAAAUAUGAGAGAAUACUACCAAUAAAUUGGCAUUGAUCCAUUCAAAAUAUUACCUUUAACAUAUGUCAUUGAAAAUGGUCUGAAUGAUGUAGAGUUUGAUAAGUUCGAGGAGAAAUUCAAAUUCUUUGCCAGCAAGUAAGGAUUUGAGAAUGUUUGGAUCAUCAAACCAGGUGAAGAUACUAAUAGGGGCUGUGGUAUUAUUGUAUCAAAGGACUUUAAUGAAAUUAGAUAGCUUGUAAGAGAUAAGGCAUCAAGAGGAGUAGAUAAAACAGCUAUCCUAUAAAAAUACAUUGAAAAUCCACUCUUGAUAAACAAGCGUAAGUUUGAUAUGAGGUGCUAUGGACUACUCACAUCUAUAAAUGGCAAUCUAAUGGGAUAUUUCUAUUAGGAUGGUUAUCUAAGAACCUCUUGCAAAGAGUUCAAUGUUAAUAAUCUUAAUAAUAAGUUCAUUCAUUUAACAAAUGAUGCUAUUCAGAAAUUCUCCGAUGACUAUGGAAAAUUUGAAAAUGCAAAUAAGCUCUCUUUUUAGGACUUUGAUAAAUAUUUCGAGAACAAUGGAGAGUAUGAUCUUAGAUUUGCCAGAGAUUUCCUGCCAUAGAUAAGAACUGUUAUUAGGGAUUCAUUUAGAGCAGUGGAGAGUAAGAUAGACCCAGAGAAAAGACACAAUACCUUCGAAAUAUUUGGCUACGAUUUCAUGAUAGAUGAUGAGUAUCAAUUGAAACUAAUUGAGGCUAACACAAAUCCCUGCCUUGAAGUAUGCUGUCCACUCCUGGCUAGGAUCAUUCCUAAUCUGGUUGACUCAGCAUUCAAAAUUGCAGUUGAUCCACUAUUUCCGCCGCCAAGUGCUAAAAAGAACGCCUAUGCUUGGGGAGGAGGCACUGAAGUACUAAAUGAUAUUAAAUUCGAAUUGGUGUUUUAGAGUCAAUCAAAUUCAAGUUGA